AUUUGUGGAAAUGUGCUCAAAUGUGGACAACCAAGCUUACCUCAUAAAUGUAGAGAAAACUGUCAUGAAGGGGACUGCCCCAAAUGCCCCCUAACCACUGUAGUAAGAUGCCGAUGUGGACAUAUGGAUAAGGAAUUGCCGUGCCAACAAUUAACUUCUAAAGCUGAUGAUGCUAGAUGUGAGAAGAAAUGCACAAAGAAACGUACAUGUGGUAAACACAAAUGCAAUCAACGUUGUUGCAUAGAAAUUGAGCACUUCUGUCCUCUUCCUUGCAACCAUCAGCUUUCGUGUGGCCAACACAGAUGUGAACGUACCUGUCAUUCUGGUCGAUGUCCUCCUUGUAUUGAAACGAGUUUUGAGGAAUUAUAUUGCGAAUGUGGUGCGAGCGUUUUGUAUCCACCUGUUCCAUGUGGAACUAAACCACCGGCUUGUAAUAAGCCUUGCUCAAGGCAACGUCCAUGUGGACACAACGUAAACCAUAACUGCCACACUGGCCCUUGCCCUCCAUGCACCGUCCUCUGUAAGAGAUGGUGCCAUGGACAUCACGAGCAACGUUCAGCCAUUCCCUGUCAUCAAGAAAACUUCAGCUGUGGUUUACCUUGUGGUAAGCCAAUGCCUUGUGGAAGACACAGAUGUAACAAACCCUGUCACGAGGGUCAGUGUCCUUUGCCUUGCAAGCAACCUUGCAGUAUUCAGAGGACCUUGUGCGGACAUCCUUGUGGUAGACCGUGUCACAGUCCUCCUUGCCCUGAAAGCAAUUGCAAGCAGAACGUACCAGUUACCUGUGCAUGUGGCCUUCAGAAAGGUAUCAGACCUUGCAUAGAGGUAUCGGAGGAAUUUAAAAAUAUUGAAAUGGCUAAAUUAAAGGAGAAAAUUGGUGAUUUGUCGAAGGACCAGACUGUAGAUAUUUCGGACCUAUAUAAGCCGAAGAAACCAACUGUUCUUAAAGUACUGGAAUGUACCGAAGAAUGUCGUGUUUUGGAAAGAAAUAGAAGACUUGCUAUUGGCCUACAAAUCCGUAAUCCUGAUUUAAGUCAAAAACUAACACCAAAAUAUACAGAUUUUAUGAAGCAGUGGGCAAAAAAAGAUCCACAUUUUUGCCAAAAAGUACACGACAAAUUAACUGAGCUAGUUCAACUGGCAAAGCAAAGCAAACAGAAAAGUCGCUCCUAUUCUUUUGACUCCAUGAACAGGGACAAAAGACAUUUCAUCCAUGAAUACUGCGAACAUUUUGGUGUGGAAAGUGCUGCUUAUGAUACAGAACCAAAUAGGAACAUUGUAGCCACGGCUGUUAAAGAUAAAUCCUGGUUACCAAGUAUGAGUUUGUUAGAAGUUAUUCAGAGAGAGAAUGGACAGAGGAAGGUACCUGGACCUUCCGUUCUUGGCAGAAGUACAGCAACCAAACCAGAAAUCGUUUCUUUGCGAUUGCCCUGCCAAACACAGAGACCAAACAUGCAUCCAGGUGAAAUCAUUGAUUACUUUGAUUCGCCGCCACAAUUAUAAAAUGUUUUUCUAUUUUCUUUUGUUUGAAUGUUCAGUUAUAUCAAUAUCAGAAUAAAAUAGUUUAUUUAUGA